UUCGCAUUAAUAUUAAAGAAAGGAAAAUUCUCUCUCUCGCGCUCUCUGUGUGUCUCUUUCUGUGUGUGUUCCUGCGGAAGGAAGAAUAAUUUUCACGGUUUAGGAGCUCGAAAACGGCUCGAUUUGUCGCGCUUCAAGAGAGGAGAGUUUUGUGGUGUUAGGUCUCAGAAUUCGAUAUGGAGAGAGAUUUUUUAGGUUUGAACUCGAAGAAUGUCGCGAUGCCGUUCAGAGAACAAUUUACGGAUGCUUCUAAAAAUUCAGCAUUAAUGGGUGGUUCAGGGAUGCAGUGGUCAUUCUCAAACAAAGUUUCUGCAGUUCCCCAAUUGGUUUCUUUCAAGGCUUCUCAAGAUGAGAAGCAGAGGAAAACUGUUGUUGACCCAUAUUCUGCUGCAAUCCAGAAAAAUGUAGCCUUGGAGAAGAAGGCUGCAAAACAAUAUGCAAUGGCUGUCUACCCGUUCCAGAAUUCCGAUGCGCUUUCGGUACAUCGGAGCAAUGCGCUUCCGGUGGGUUUCAACGUCCCAGUACUCCAAUCCCAGAUUGUUUCAUCUGGCCAGACCGUGGUUGGUUCCAGUGGUAACUUACAGCCAUUUGGUGGGAUUCCAAUUGGAACCUCCAUUUCUGUUCCCUUUGCGAGCUCUGUUGUUGGAACCACCGAGUUGAGGAAUGCUUCGAAGCCUCCGGGUCCGAUGGCGCCGCUGACGAUCUUCUAUGCGGGAUCAGUGUGUGUUUAUAAUGAUAUAUCUCCUGAGAAGGCUCAGGCUAUUAUGCUUUUGGCUGGCACCGGUGGGGUGUCCCAAACACGAAACAAUAUGCUUUCCACAGGUCAAGUGAAGGCAUCAUUCCCCAGUGAAAGUUUCCAAGGAUUGCCACUCCUUGGGCGUUCAAAUCCACUUUCUGUUGCACAAUCUAAGGGACCUGAUACAGGAGUAAGAUCUUGCAGUAACAUCGAGUUGCCUGCUGCUGCAAAACCUAUACAAACCUCGGCAUCUCAUCCAAUCCCAAACCAUUCAGAACCUCCCAAGGAUGCCAGUUCCGUCGCCCAGAUCACCCCAACGUUCGUUCCUUCAGCUGUGCCUCAGGCUCGAAAGGCAUCCUUGGCUCGGUUUUUAGAGAAGCGCAAGGAACGGAUAAACACAUGCCCCUACAGUGUUGCAAAGAAAACAUCAGACUGCUCAUCCACAACCUUGGAUCUGAUGGCCUGAUGAUAUUCCUCUAGGCUGCCAGUUCCUCUCGCUCGGGGCAUCACAAAUCGGUGUGUCAUUAAUAUUACAGAAGUUUAGAUAAAUCUUCUAAAGCAAAUUUUGUCAAUCUGUUAGCUUAGAUUGGUUCUUGGUUCCCUUUUUUUUUAUAUAUAUAUAUAUAUUAGUUUUUCUCUCUUGUUCAAUUCAAAAAGCGCAGUUAGUUUCUGUUAUUAUUGGAGAACCCUGCGAACAAGAUGCAACUUAGUUGCUCCAUAUUUAUGUAAAAUAUUGCCUUUUUUUUUACACCCAGAGAAAAUGGGACGA